CUUAUCUCCUGAGAGUUUAGCGCCUUCAUCCCUCAUGGCUAACACAACUGCACUGUUCAAGAUUUCGAAAGGCGGGCUCACUCGUCGCCUGACAUUCUCCGCCCACCCGGAUUGGGCCUUUUUAUCCUUCAAGAUUGGUACGGCAUUCGGAAUUGCAACCGAGAAUGUCGGGGUAUCAUACCUUGACCAAGAUGGGGACGAAGUGACCUUCAGCUCCGAAGAGGAGUUACAGGACUACUAUAUCACCCUCGGCGAUGAGAAAUACAAUCUUAUCAGACUUUCAGUACAAGACUUUAGCACUGUGCUACCGCAGCCACAGGCCCGCGUUUAUGACUCCAAUGAAGCUUCCACCGCAGCCUUCAUUGACGAUCCCCACCUCCCUACUCCGGACAACUCUAAUAACAGCAGCACCAGAGCAUCAUCUGUCAUUCAUAACAUAGCGUCUUUCUUGAGGACAACCAUUUCCUCUGAUCCAGAAUUAUCAGAGCUCGCUAAUAAGAUGGCUAUAGCGGCCAUUGGUGGAAUUCUCUAUUACUUCGGCGGAGCUGUCCGAACUGCUAUGAAAACGACUGAAUCCGCUGCCCAAGAGAAUGUUGUUCCAGAUAACAUGGAAGUGCAACAGGAACAAGGACAGGAAUCUAGUGGAAGCAAUGAUGUUUCCAGGCAUCUUAUCGUUAUCAUCAUCACUGCCAUGACUAGCAUUGGGCACGCUCCACGUCGUGGCCCCAGACAUCAUUAGGGACCAUUCCGUGAACCGCACCACAAGGACACCAGCCGAGGCACGCUCCUGAUUUUUGUCUGUUCUCAUUAACAUCUCAUGAUGGGAUUUUUUAGAUGAGAGGUACAUGUGACAGAGCAAAUGGUUACCCAUCCUCCCACCACUAAAAACAGCGAGGAUGACAUUUUGACCAACUUGAUCAAGGAGCUUAUUUCUUCCACUACCGCGCCUCGGGCUAGCAGCUCCAUCGAAUCCGUCCCUGGCCCUUGGGCCUAAUGUGAUGAUGUAUGAUGUAUGAAGUAGACUGUUGUAUUCUGCUUUUUUUUGUCCGACUUUCUGACUAUUGUAUUUAAAAAAUUUAUGUUCUGAUUACUUAUAAGUUAUGUGUUGCCAGUAAAUUUAAAUGUUUAUGUAUUGUUGUGCGGCUGCACUCUGCCAAAUCCACA